CUUUGAGGUUUUCCGGAACUCGUUGCUCUUCUGGACUGAAACACACAAGAAGUAGAAGGCGGGGACAGCUAGUGCGACCCAGCUCACGACCAGCUCGGGCAUACUACUCGUCUAUCGCUCGCUCCAGGCUAUUCGCCUCGGAAAAUGCACGGCACAUCCGAGUCGCUGAGCGGCGGUGGUGGAGCCGCACCAUUAGGGGCGAGGAAACGAAACCAAACGACAACAGCCGAUGGCCCUCCGUCCGAGUCCCUCGCCAAGAAGGCGGUGCACGCAGUGGAGGCGACGUAUCUAUCGUUUCAACGCCCGCUUCUUUCUCUUGUCCAGCAAAGUCUCCACCCACAUUUCGAGUUGCCCGCCCACGUAGUGCAUUUCGCAAUUCGGCAGGAGUUCAUUGCUCUCGCGGGACCGUCGGUUGUCUGGCUAUACUCUUACAGCGCAGGCGCUGAGAUCAGUAUAUUGCUCGUUACCACAGAAACGAUUAACGGAGUGCUCAAGUGGGCUUUCCGCCAACCACGACCAGGAUGGCUACGCGGCACGAACAUGCUAAAGAUGAGAUCGCCAACAUGGGAGGCCGACUACUCCACGCCCUCCAGCCACGCGCAGCUCGCAGCGACGGUCGCAACAUGGGUCGUGUUGUUCACCAACUUCUCUGUAAUACCGAGUAUACUCGCCAUUUUGUUUGCGGUACUGGUCGGAGUCGCUCGCGUCUAUUCAUGCGUGCACUGGCCGUCGGAUGUGGUGUUCGGAUGGGCAUGCGGGGUUCUAUGGACGGCGUUCGUGCUUCCCAUUUUGCGGUCCUCGAUGACCCCCUCGCACGAGGCCGGCUUUGCGACCGUCCUCGUCGCGGUGUUGAGCGCGCUACUCUAUCUAGUUCGCACCGCCGCGAAAGAAGAGGAAGCACACGUCCGCGCAGAAUGGAAGGCGGCAGCUCUCGCAGGCUACGAUGUCGACAAGCAUAGUAAAGCGGAGGUGCUCAAGGCCGUGCAGAAGUGGGGAAGAGGCCCGCGGUUGUUCUACACCUACGCAGGCCCGCUGAGCGCUACCUACGGGUCGUUGAUAGGACGAGCGAUCCUACACUUCUAUUUCGAGAUCCGUCGCCACGAUGACGAUGUCUCUGCUUCCGCUUCUGAUGCUGCCAGCUUUGCGGAUUUCGUAACACGGCAACACUCGGUCCCGGUUCGACUGCUUGUGGGCAUUGCGGGUCUUGUGCCGUGCCUGGCGUUCGCGCAUGGGUUGCCGGUGCUUUUGCGCGCACAGCCUAAGGGUCUCCUGGACGGCGCGUGUGUGUUUGCUGGGUUUGCUGCCGUCGGCAUCUGGGUGUUGGCGGGAUGUCAGAUCGUGUUUGACCGCGGGAUGACAUGGUGAGAACACAAGCACUCAAGCAAGUCGUUACUGCGACCCCUUGAGCGGGGUAUCUUCUCCACUCAGCCGACCAGGAAGCAUGCAUGCACAUAUUCUUAAGUGCACGUACCCACCUGCAUGCAUUCCUCCCCAUUCCUUCAGGAAUAGGAGCAAACGACAAAACCCAGGAGAGGGGGAAAUACGGCGUCUAAGCCUAGACAACAGCC